AACUAUGAUUUAAUGGAUCAAAUGCCUUUUUGUGUGUAUUUGAAUCCAAAAAUCGAUAUUUCAAUCUUUUUGGAUUAUUCUAAUCAAUUAAUGCCACACGCCACGCGUUUUUCGCUGGUACAAAAGAUGCAAAAUUAUCUCAGCUCUUGUGGUAGUGGUUGUUUAUCUGCUUCUUUACUCACUCAACUGGUGUUGGUUUAAAUUCCUAGAAAUAUUCUGCUAUAAAAUCACUCAGAAAAUGAACCGUUGCAGCAUGGACUGCCUAUCAACCUGAGUUGCCGUUUUGAACUUGGUCGGAUGGAUAUACAAUUUUCGAAAGUUGGUCGAUUGGCCCUUCCAAAACUCAAUUUUGGUAGAUUCGGAAAGUUAUCGUCAAUUUCUUUUAAUUCCAUAUGCAUAAUAACAACGUUCGACUAAUACAUAUUGCAAUUAUGUGGACAAUCUGCAUCUUCUCAAAAUUUUGCUCUUAGGGGAUUUUCGCAAUAAUCGUUAAAGACUUCGCCAAUGCGAUCUUUACAAUUUUCUUUUUUUUUUGCCCAUGAACAUUCCAUUAACGAACAGGGGCAAACUUCUCACAUAUCAGGGAGUGCUGUCCAUUGUAUAACCGAGUACGAACGGAAUGCCGCAGUGCGACAGCUCUCAAGGGAGAAGUUUAACAUGGCAUAGUCCCCCACAAAUGUCGCCAGCAUUUGGAGGAGAUAAACACUGCUGAUCAUUUUUCCGAUAUUCUCACCAGGCGUUCAGCAUUAAAGGGGGCAUGCUAACCAGGGCUGCGGAGUCUAGCCCUCCACUCCGAACCCGGGUUGAGGUCUAAGUCGGAGUAUUAAGCAGGAGUGGGAGAGCGGUUCGGAGUCAGGGCUAGCGUGCUCCUCUCCGACUCCGGCUCAAUAGUUCGACUCAGGUCCCAAAAACUCGACUCUGAUGCUAACAUCUGCACUACGGUGGCCUCCUUUUGGCAAAAUCUGGAACAUGAAUAUGCCAUGCUUAUUUAAAAAUUUUAAAAUUUGUUUUUUUUUUCUUUAAAGAGAGCAUAACCAGGCUUUUGAGUAUAUUGGAACGGAAACCCUAGACAAUACAUUCGGUUCGUCAUAACAUUUCUUUUGUUUUGCAACAAAUGAUUGCCUCAGUCUAGUAGUAAAAGCCGUCGUUGUCGUGAGCAAUUCAAAUAAGAUGAGCGGAGAUUUAAAACCCAAUUUGGAAGCAAUUCUGAUUGACAUCAAUCAUCAUUUUAUUAACAUAGACAAAUAUCGGCAAGAGUAUGCAUUACAUUUUCAAAAACUUAAAAAUGUAUUAUUUGAUAAACUCCGAAAAACAGAGCCUCUCAAAUACUUGUUCAAUGGCUAUCUACUGGCAGGAAGCUGUGGAGAUAAUUUGAAAAUCACAUUACCAAAUGAAUUCGAUAUGAUUUUUCAAAUUAAAUUUCCCGAAAAUGGGCUUAUAGAUGUCGUAAAAGAUCCCGGCAUCCCUGGAAAUAUUUAUUUGGACUUUACCAAAGUAUUGCGAAAAAUUCGCAAUGAAAAACAACACGCCACCAUAUAUCGACACAUGAACAAUUGGCUAAAUGGUAAAAAUUAUUUAAUAAUUGAAAAAUUUCAAUCAUAUUUGCAAGGCCUAUUCGCAAAAGCAUUGGAGGAAAUUAUUGGUAGUGGAUAUUUUUGCCAAACAAAACUAUCCUACUCACGUCAAGGACCCGCCCAUACCAUUAAAGUCAAUGUAGAUGAAUCGUUUUCUUACUCUGUGGACUUUGUGCCUGGCAUAAUUUUGGACGGACAACAAAGUGUAUUGCGCACAAAGAAUGAAGACCAGUGGGAAUGUAUUCCCAAACCCAUUUUUUAUUCAAAGAGUCACCAAAACGUCUCAUUCCGAUCGUCUUUUGUUAAUCGAGAAAAAAAACUUCUAAAACGUAAGGAAAAUUUAAAAAAUACUCUGCGCUUUAUAAAGAAGUUUCGAGAUGCCCACUCAAAUAUGGGCAAUAUGAAAAGUUAUUACAUCAAGAUGGUGUUUCUAUGGAAGGCUGUGGAAGUGAAAGGAACAAAUUAUUGGCAGAAAUCAUUGACGCAAAUACUACUUGAUAUGUUUGCUUCCCUGGAAUCAUGCUUACGUGAGAAAACGCUAAAGUUCUUCUGGGAUCCACAAUUAAAUAUGUUUGACAAGUUGUCAUCUGCUCAAUUGCAGAAUAUGUUAAUAUGUGUAGCUAGUGGCAGAAAGCUUUUGGAAGAGGCUGCCUUGAAUCUUACUAUGCCACUUCAAACACGUGUGUAUGAAGCAUUUGGUUGUGACAUCAAUCAAUGUACGCCAUUAAAAAAUACCGCUGUCAAUUGAGUACUCGUAUUCCAGACAAUACAAUGGAAACGAAACUAUUUGAAAAAAAUAAACAAAUAUUUUACAAACAA